CAUCUGAGGCGAAAAACCUAGCCAACAGCUGAAGUCUGAAGAAUUCGCAAAGCUUCAAAGCUUAGAGCUCUCUUCGCGUGUAUCUCUCUCAGCAGCAUCUCAGAAUGGCGACUCAGAUGAGCAAGAAGAGGAAGUUUGUGGCCGAUGGAGUGUUUUUCGCUGAGCUGAACGAGGUUUUGACGCGUGAGUUGGCGGAGGAUGGAUACUCCGGCGUGGAGGUUAGGGUUACUCCCGUCAGGACUGAGAUUAUCAUCCGAGCAACUCGUACUCAGAACGUUCUCGGUGAGAAAGGAAGAAGGAUUAGGGAGUUGACCUCUGUUGUACAAAAGAGGUUCAAGUUUGAGGAAAACACGGUGGAGUUGUAUGCCGAGAAGGUGAACAACAGGGGGCUUUGUGCCAUUGCUCAGGCUGAGUCCCUGCGUUACAAGCUGCUUGGUGGCCUGGCAGUUAGGAGGGCAUGCUAUGGUGUUCUGAGGUUUGUGAUGGAAUCAGGCGCCAAGGGUUGUGAGGUUAUUGUCAGCGGAAAGCUGAGGGCUCAGCGUGCUAAAUCCAUGAAAUUUAAGGACGGGUAUAUGAUCUCGUCUGGUCAACCCGUCAAGGAAUACAUUGACACUGCUGUCAGACACAUUCUCAUGAGACAGGGAGUGCUUGGAAUCAAGGUCAAGAUCAUGCUUGACUGGGACCCCAAGGGAAAGCAAGGCCCAAUGACUCCUCUCCCAGAUCUUGUCACCAUUCACCCUCCAAAGGAAGAAGAGGAGUAUGCCAGGGCGUCCGUUAUGGCUGUGCCAACUGAUAUCGAAGUGCCAGUCAUAUAGGAACCUUUCACUUUUAAUUAUCAACAUGUGUGCUAGACCUGCUAGUUUCUGUUUUCUGCGUUGAAUACUAUAAAGCAUGUUUUUGAGGAUUCUGUAUUUUUAUUAUUAUAAGUAAUACUGUCAACUAAAUUUUGUCUAUCAUGUUUUCCUCAUUCAUUUAAAGGUUCAAUUUUGUUUGAA